CCAGCUCGCCCGGAAGAACCAAUGGAGUAUUUCUCGGUAAAUAAGAGCUAGUCGGCUCAGUCGCCACCCACCGCCGAUGAAGCCCCUGGUCCACGCCGCCGCGGCGGUGGACCGCCGGUGGCUGCUCCCGCUCGCCGCCGGCUCCGCGCUCUCGCUGCUCCUCCUCGUCCUCCUCACCACCAUCCCGCUCCCCUUCUUCCCCUCCGCCUCCUCGCCUUCCCCGACCCUCUUCGUCGAGCACAAGCUCGCCCCGACCCCGCCCUCCUCCCGCGCCGGCGACCCGCUGCCCCGCAUCGCCUACCUCGUCUCCGGAUCCGCGCGCGACGCCCCCGCGCUCCGCCGCGUGCUCCUCGCGCUGUACCACCCGAGGAACCUCUACAUCCUCCACCUGGACGCCGAGGCGCCCGACUCCGACCGGGCGGACCUCGCCGCGGGGCUCGCCGCGCACCCGGCCAUCUCCGCCGCCGGGAACGUGCGCGUCGUCGAGAAGGCCAAUCUCGUCACCUACCGGGGCCCCACCAUGGUCGCCAGCACGCUCCACGCCGCCGCCGCGCUCCUCUGGGGCCACUCCGGCGCCGGCGGCUCCGACUGGGACUGGUUCAUCAACCUCUCCGCCUCCGAUUACCCGCUCGUCACGCAGGACGAUCUGCUACAUGUGUUCUCCAAGCUGCCGCGUGAUCUCAACUUCAUCGACCACACCAGCAACAUCGGAUGGAAGGAGUUUCAGAGGGCCAAGCCGGUCAUCAUCGACCCAGGGCUCUACAUGAAGAAGAAGGCAGAUGUGUUUUGGAUACCGCAGCGGCGCAGCGUGCCAACGGCCUUCAAACUCUUCACUGGUUCUGCUUGGAUGGCACUGUCUAGGCCGCUUGUCGAAUACAGCAUAUGGGGCUGGGACAACCUACCUCGCACUGUACUCAUGUACUAUUCCAACUUCAUCUCCUCACCAGAAGGUUACUUCCACACUGUGGUCUGCAACGCCGAGGAAUUCAAGAACACCACGGUGAACCAUGACCUGCACUACAUCUCAUGGGACAACCCUCCAAAGCAGCAUCCUCACUACCUGACGAUCGACGACUUGGACAGGAUGGUUGCAAGUGAUGCCCCAUUUGCUCGGAAAUUCCACGCGGAUGACCCAGUGCUGGACAAGAUAGACGCAGAGAUCCUGUUCCGUGGCCCUGACAUGCCUACUCCCGGAGGCUGGUGCGCAGGGACACAAGAGAACGGGAGCGACCCUUGCUCAGCCAUUGGCAACGCCACCCUCCUUCAGCCCGGCCGUGGAGCUGUACGGCUGGAGCGGCUCAUCACGUCACUCCUGUCAGAGGAGAAGUUCCACCCACGGCAGUGCAAGUAAAACAGCAACACGUCGGACUGCUACCGGGGUGACAAGUACAUGACUGUUUUUGACUUGCCAUCCGCCAUUUUUGCCAGGCAGCUUCGGUUUUAACACGCGCAAUGUUGUACAACCACGUAGCGUAAUGUAGAGUUUGUCUUACCACGUUACCCACUUGUAAGACCAUGACACACAAGAUGAUCGAUCCACGCCCACGUCACGAUCCUGGAAAUCGAAACUUGGUGACCGAAUAUGUUUGUCUUAGCGUAUGCGUACUUUGGCCAUGCAUCUUGUAAAUGUCACUGGAGUUUUUGAGUGGAUUCCCUUGUGUUAUUCCAUUGCUGUUAAUUGUGUCU